CUGCGUUGGAGGCACAGUUAUAGUCUUAUGAGUGCCACGGCGCAGAUGCAUUCCUCAAGACCUGAAAUGACCCCCCCAUUUCUAUAAGGCUUAACGAGGUCUUGGAAAUUGGUACGCUAAAUGGUAAUCAACUAAUAUGACGUCAAACCUUGUAAUUUACAGAGUAGCUACAGCUGCGUCUAAAGUGUUUCGUCUUAUCGUUAACGGAAAGGAAAAUGGGCUUUUCCUAUGGUGUCUUUCGGGUAACUAAAGGCAGAAGCCUCCAAUUACAGCUUGUCAGCCGACGUACUGGAUUGCACUCUGCAGUACACUGUGUACUGGCUGGAUGACAGCACAACAGGACACAAAGCCCAGCUCCAUGCUUGACGCCAAACAUCAUCUUGGCAAUGGAUGCCCUCCUCAGUAAUCAAUAUGGUUAUGCUUGAGACCCGACGCCCUGCCCCCAGCGUUAUGAUUAGUGCCAAGAUUACAGCUCCUCUUGACGUCCGUUCAGCUCCUGCUUUCGCCGUCUCCGGAGCAGGAGUGGCAGUUGGCGGGAUGGGGAGCUUAAGAAACAACUACACGAAAGGCAAACAAGAAUAACAGCCCUUAGCGAAAAACAAAAGCUGGCUGUGAGGGGCUGUCCCGUGGGGAACUCCAAGCCCCUCCCCCUCAUCAAGCCGCCCGGCCAGAGCAUAGCCAUCUCCGUGGUGCCGGCCAAGGCUCCCGUCUCCAUGGUGACCGCGCACAUCAACGGGCAGAAGGCUUUGGGGCCCGAGCCGCUGCAGAUGGCCCCCAUCAACCUGCAGACGGCCGGCAGGGUGUCGGGGGCCGGGGGCCAUGGCGGGGGGCACGGGCUGAGCAGGAGAGCCGCGGAGCCUCUUCACUCACAGAUGCUGGGAACCCUCACCUCUGUCCCCCUAAAGGUGCCUCAGGUCAGCUCUCUGCACCGGUUGGCCAUUCAGGCCCCCACCGUGCUACCUCAGGUCAGGCCAAAGACGUUGAUCCCAGACAGCCUUCCCCACAGCCCGAGUCAGGAGCAGGCCCUUCGGCCGCCGGGCCUGCAGAGGGUGACGGCGGUGGUGAGCCCCCGGACGGGGGGCCCCGCCCUCCCCACGCCCAACAGCACGGCCGGGCCCCUGCCGCUGGCCAAUGGGCAGCCGGAGCCCGUCUCCGCCUCCAUCAGCAGCGCGGGCGUGGCCUACGCCAUCAUCUCCGCCUCGUCCGCCGCCGCCAGCGAGGCCGUCAAGGUCCAGCCGCUGCUGCUCAGCGCCGACAGCAAGGUGAUCAUAAUCCAGCCGCAGGCGCCUGGCAGCUCCCACGCCUCGCCCCAGCCACAGCCCGACAGCCCCGUCCGGGAUGCCACGCCCUCCCCCUCCCCCUCCCCUCCAGCCAAAAAGAAGAGAGAGGAGGACCCUGAGAAAAUUGCCUUCAUGGUGGCGCUCGGGCUGGUCACAACAGAGCACCUGGAAGAAAUCCAGAGCAAGAGGCAGGAGAGGAAGAGAAGAAGCACAGCCAACCCGGCCUACAGCGGCCUGUUCGAACCCGAGCGUAAACGCCUUGCUUCACAUUACCUGAGCAGCCCCAUGUUCCUGUCAGCCCGAGACACUGAGGAUCUUUGCUGGAAGGAGGACUCGGAGCGUGAGGAGAUCUGUGCCGUGUGCAAAGAGGACGGAGAGCUCCAGCCCUGCCACAGCUGCGCCCGCGCCUACCACCCCGACUGCCUGCAGCCCCCCCUCAAGACCCCGCCCAAGGGGCCCUGGAUGUGCCCCAAAUGCCAGAAGAAGGUACUAAACAAAGACCUGUCGUGGCCCCAGAGCUUCAUUCAGUCUUACAUGACACACAAAACAGUGCGGGAGGAGGAGAAGAGGAGGCUGAUGAGGAGGAACGGCGAGCUGAAGGAGGAGUGGGCGGCGCUGGACGAGCAGGACACGCGGCUGAGCCACGCCCUCACGGAAUGCAUGGAGCUGAAGGAGAGCCUUCUGGGACGGCAGAGGGACACCCAGGCCUCCCUGGAGCGCCUAAAAGCCCUGGUCCGGCUCAUUCAGAGGGACCAGGUCAUCCAGGUCACCAUGACGGCCACCACCACCACCGGGGCCUCCCUGCUCUCCUUGCCUUGGAUCAAACCCGCCGGCGCGUCUGCGUCGCCCCCUGCUGCCACCGCACCGCUACUGCAGAAAAGCGUGCCCCACACCCAAGGCAACAACUGAUCCCCCCCCCCGACACUCACACACAGCCCUCCUGAACCGACUGGCCCCCUUGCCAAAUUCUUGGCUCACUACCCUUUUGCGUAUACUCCAAAAUAAAAACAAGCUUACAAAAGUUUUUUUUUUUUUUUUUUUUUUUCCUUUCCUUUUUAAAUGUUUGAUGGACAAUUGAAAAGGUAUUCAUUUAGUAAAGGAAAAAAACAUUCAACCAAUGAGGAGGCUUCAGGAACCUUCGUGGCCAAACGAUAUAUCCCACACAUGGUUCCAGACAAGUAUUUUAUAAACCCAACACCUUCAGUGCUUACAAUAUUUUUUUUACUAAUUGUUUUUUUAUUUAUGAAUAUUCUUGGCCUUAAUGUAUUUAUGAAUAAUAAUGCCUGUCCCGGAUAUAUGGAAAAAAAUAAGUAUUCUGUGAGGCGAGCAAAGAUUUGUUUUUUUUUUUUAACAAUAAUAAUUGUUCGGCAUAUAAGGGGGGAGAACUUUAGCAACUUGUUGUAGUAGUCAGAGAAAUGAAAAUAAUAUAAAAUUGAAAAGGCCUGUACAUUGAUAUAUCCAAGUACUUGUUAUGAUACUUGUUCUUAUCCUCCUAUGAACAAUGUUCGCCAUAUUAAUUCAGGUGAAAGUGGGGAAGGGGAAAUUUUUUCAUUGUGUAUGUAUGAAUCUUAUGAGCCUUCAAAACAAAACAGAGAAUAACUUUUUUCAGUAUUAAUAUAGUUGAGAUCAAAAAAGUAUUUAAAAAAAAGACAGAAUUUAGCAUUUCUAGUGGAGAAUUUAGUAUUUUCAUGCCGAUGCCUGUUGAUAAAGCGAAUGGAGGUAGCGAAGGAGGGUUUGCUGUACAGAUGUUGUAUUGUUCUUGCAGGUCCUUCCGUCUUUUCUUUCGGCCGUUUAGGAAUCACGCAGCUGCCGGCUGGAGCUCUUAUGACCGGUGCAGCCAAACACAGACGUUUUUUUUUUUUUUUUUUUACGGUUUUUUGUGUUCUUAUAAGUGCGUGAUUCUCUGUCCAUUACCUCCUAUCACCAGUAUAGAGAUUAUGCCAAAAAAAAUUUCUUAACAUUUUUGUACUGGGACCUCCGUCGUCUUUGCAGAUUCUUUCCCCUUAUAAUUUUCCCUGCCUACCUGCUUUUUUUUUUUGUUUUUUGUUUUUUGCUUCAGUAAGUGAGAUGGUUAUCGCUGAGCUAAGUGUCCAAUUGAUUUGAAGGAUAUUUUUUUUUGUGUGUGUCUACUAUACAUUGCAAAUGAACACUGCCUCAAUGUAGGACUAAGUGAAACCUCUAAGGUUCUCUUAUAGGCUAUACUUAAAUACAUAUAAGUUACACACACAGAUAUAAAGAGAGAGAAAAAAACCUGUUCCGGAUUUUACUCCGCGCAGUUAUCCAAUUAACCGCCAGAAAGCGGUGUCUCUCACUCUAAAUGGACCCCCUGUGGUGGGACGUGCUUGACAACUAAAGCGAUUUGAUUUUAUUUUUUGCUUAAGUAUUUACUGGAUUUUUUAAUUUAAGAAAUGUGAAAUAAUGCAGUAUCCCUGCCCAGACAGCUGUUCGUACAAAAAAGUUCAGUGAAUUGAUAGAGGAAAAAACUAACUUUAACCCCCCCCCCCCCCCAAAUGUCCGCGAACAAACAUCAGAUUACUAAAUAUUUCGUUUAAGAAAAUGGGUACGCACUGCUCGAGACCAACGCACGCAGAUUUCUCUUUAAUAUGAUAACUGGGAGGUUGACAGAUUACACAUCCACCCAUCUGACGUUCUGGUAGUUCACGUGCAUCUUUUGUUUGAUGGACAGUUGUGCUACAUCCAACGAACAUACAUCUGUCCAUUACAGAAAAAAACAUUUCAAAUGUAUUUUUGCGGCAUGGGGUGCCUCGCAGCAGUGUCCCAAAAUAAUUUAGACUCCACAAUUCGUUUAAUAGAUUCUUUUUAUGUAAGGGUUAAAUUUACCCGUCGUUGUGCAAUGCCCACCUUACUGAAUUAAAUAUACAGUAACUGUAGUGGAUUCUGUAUUUGCUUCGGGACCCCCAAGGCCUUAUCAUAAUGCAAAGAUUUUCUGACACGACGCCCAAUUAAUUGCAUGUAUUUAAACCCAAGGGCUUUCAAUGUACAACAAAAAUGACAAUUUGUGUGAUGAUAUAUGAACAAUAUAAAAUAUCUUACAUUUAGAAGCAUGUUUUGGGUCUUCCAACAGGAAAAUCCCUCAAUAGGGAGUGACACCUUAAUUCAAUGCGAAAGGUUUCAAUGCAUUUGAGUGUUAACAUUUGGAACGAAAAAACAGGCAGUUGUUACUAUUUUAAUACAGAUUUUGUGCGUCUUCUCGCAUUGUUCUUUGUUUCAUGGACAACACACAGGACCAAGGGACCUUUUUCAUAUCGUUUUGUUUCAUCGUACAGAAAAUUAUACUCAAUACAAACACAUUGACUGUUAAUACUGAUAUAGAUAGGAUAUACAGCAGAUGCAAGAAUGUAAACGGCACCCAACGCAUAUCAUUCGCUCAACAAAAUUGUGGAUUUGCUGGAUUUUUCCCCCCAGCGUUGCUCAGCAACGGUACGUCAAGGAUACUGCACAGGCUCUAGUUGUACGACCUGAGUACCGGUUACUGUGACAGGAAAGCAAAACUCAUCCACCAGGGGGGAGGAGGGAUAUGUUUGAAUAAUAAAUAGAAAAUAACCAUAUCAGUGCACCACAUCACGUCACGGCAAGGACGCGCUCUUACGCGUUGGCUCUCUGAAACGUAUACCAGGCUCCUUCCGCCCCAUGCCGAAUUCUCCGGGAGAAACUGUGCACUGCUUUACAGAUCUAUUUUAAUACAACUCGACACUACGUUGAACAAAAUGUUUUUAUAUUCUUUUAUCAAUGAACAAAGAAAAAAGGAGGAAAAACAUUUGAAAUACUACUACGGUUAUUGUUCGCCAAUUAUGCAUUUGACGUGGCUUGCAAUGUUCAAUGUAUUUGUAUUUUUAUUUAUUUAUUUAUUUAUUUAUUUAUUGCCAGAAAGAGUGGGUUAGCAGAGAGAAGACAGCACUUGAUUUUAGAUGGAAAUGUCUUUGGGACUGUUGAAAUAGUGUUUUUUCGUUGUCAUUAAUAAGGGACUGUCCAGUGGAUAGUAUGUAUAGGAAAGUGUUUGUCUUAUGCCAAUGUAGUUUUUUCUUCUUUAUAAUGCAUUAAAAUUGAUUGAUGGAACUUUGGUGGAUGAAGAAGAGCGGUCUCACUUUUUCGGUGUUGAAUUGGGAAAAUUUGAAGCGGUGAGUAAAGGAUAGGGAAGUAACGAGAGUUUAACCAUUCCGGCUUUUCUUGCGCGCGAGCCUGCCUGUGUUCAGAAAUAGACCGUUAUUCGCAUCUCAGAUUCUCGGUUUGGAUACUCGGUAGUACUUCUAAAUAAACAUUAUACCUCGUGAACAUUUGAAUACUGCAAAAACGUUCGUUGAUAAAGUAUUUCAUAUUAGUUGUGUCAAUCUAAGUAGGAUUAUACUAACACCAGUUUUUGGUUACAAAAAAUAAAAAUAAACCUGCAAUUGCUUUACUGGACGCAAAGUGCACCUAUUAAGAUUUAAAUUACAGCUGUUGAAUUGUAGGAUACUUGUUGCUACAUGCAUAAAAUAUCGUGCAUUCACACUUGUGUAAAAAUAGACAGAAUGCAUUAUGGUUAACUAAUAUGCAUAAGUACAUGACCCACAAUUCAUUUAAUGCAUUAUCACAACUGUCAAUAUGCACUUUCUGAAUAUUUUGUGUCACAGUACUGGCCGCAAUGCCUUUCGUUCAUAUCGAACCAACAUGAGCUUGAUUAUAUGGGAUUUUAUAAACUCCUCAAAAGAAGUUUGGAAAUUUGUGUUUGGUCGGUCAUAUCUGUUGUCACUGUAUUAUUAGCAUUGUAUGUUGUAUCAUUGGAAAGCCUGUUGAAACAGUCAGGAGCCUCAGUAGCAUGUGGAAGAACCAUACACAGCCACAACAGCCUGGCACCACCCCCUCAUGCUGGCCACCAGCCUGGUCACGCAUUGCUCUGG